AUGAGAGUUGCCGGCAGCACUCGCGCUGCCUUACGUCAAGUUCUGCUAAGCCGGGAUUUGGCGGACCAAACCGAUGCAGUGCUCGACAGAGCCGUACGACUUGCCAGGCAAGAAGUGGGAAGGAGGCGGCCCACCAAUCUCGAAGAAGAGCGUUCCGCUUUCUCAGCUGCACUCAGCGGGCUUGGAGGCUUGACGCAGCCAUACGAGAUUGAUUGGGAAGUCGAAGAUUUCAGCUCGCUGAUGUGGGAAUUGUGGUCAAGUGCGACCCAGGGCACUCAGUCAGCGACGCGUCUUCCAUGCUUGUCAGAAGACGAAGAGGCCUGGCAAGAGUCAUGUGCAGAGUUGCUGGAAGCAUUGCGAGCAAGCCAGACUUGGCCGCUGGCUAAAUGGCGUUUGAGAGCUGUCGGGAUAUGCUGGUUGUUGGCAGUUUUGUGCAUCGCUGCCAUCCAAUACGGGACGUGGACUGGUCGCCAGCGACUCGGCUUGGUGCGCGGCAUUGGAAUGUUUCCGCUGUUCGGUGAGCUGUUGCGCAAAUAUACUUUCGACACUACCGACUUGCAGUUCACCCAGCCGAGCAGGCGCACUGAAGAUGUCGCUGGCGAUCCGAGUGCAGGAGAUAUAAUGCCACAGCAUGGGACCAGCGACGUUGGCGCUGAUGGGACAGCCCCUACGGAGUUGAUGCAGUCACUCAGUGCCUUAGCGCAGGUUCCUGUCCCGUCGGCUCGACUUCCUGCGGCUUCCACGGUUCGCUGGCGCCCUGCCCUAGGUCAGGCCGUAAUCGUGACUGACACGCCUCCGUACCAAGACUUCAAAGAUGAAUUGGGUGCAGUUGUCUCUGUGCAUAAUUCCGGCCUCGUGGACAUUGCAUUGUGCAGUGGUGCGAUGCUGUACCAGGUCCCGGGCACAUCUUUGAAGGUUGCACAGCUCCGCGGUGAUGAGCCCGAAUGCGAACAGCUAGCGCGGCUCAGCUCCAUGGCUUUGGAAUCCGCACCGGGCAAGGGGGCGUCCUUGUCAGAAAUUGACAGUAAGCACGCCACGUAUGCUCCGCUUUCCAUGGCUGCCAUUGAAGCCACUCAAUCACAAGCACGAGUUGUGAAGAACUUAUUGGUCAAGUGGUCGGCUCGUUCGGCCCUCAUUCCAAGUUGGUCGCGUAGCUUCUGGAAGGAAGUCGGUGAGCAAGGCAAGUUCGAAAAUCGUGUGGAGGCGUUACUCAAGUCCUUCGGUUAUCUCGGAAAUGGAAGCGGAACACCUCCGCGCGUCGCGGAGCUGAAGGAAAAGCUUGCGGAGCUUGAGAGCAGUGGUGCGUUGGCUCAUUCCACAGGUCUGUUUGACAAUGGUUUGCUGGAUGCACACGACACAGAGAUAGAUGAGGAGGAUGCCGGAGGUUGGGAGGCCAGUCUCCCGCCAGACAUGAAACGGGCAGGACCAGAAAUCUAUGCGUCUUUUCGUGCUUCCGGAGCCCGAAGUGCCAGGGAGUGGCUCAAUCAGAUGAUUCCGCUUGAUCGUCGAGGAGAUGCGCUAUAUUUGGACCUCUUCAAUCAAGCUUCGUUGGUGGACUUCGCCGUGAAGGAUGCGAAGGGCUCCCAAGCUCAAGCAUUAUCUCUGAUUGCUCGCAGCGAUACUGCGGAAGUGGCUCUGAGGAGACUGGCAUCGUAUGCGCAUGAGAAAAGAACCGGUGAUCGUGAUGCGGCAGUGUCCAUGCUCGCCAUCAAACCUACCAACCUAUCUCAUGACAUUGCUCCGGCAUGGCUGGUGUCAGAGGCUGCUUUAUUUGCUCAGAGUGAGCAUAAGAGGCGUGAGCGGGCCAAAGCGCAACGAGGCGAUGCUAAGGGCACCAGUGGUCAAGCAAAAGGCUCAUCGAAAGGAGGUGGUCGGGGGCGAGGUGACAAACGCCCCAAAGGCGGCAAAGUUGAAGUGAUGGUGGCCCUCUUGGGGUAUACUAAGAAGUUGCGGCUUUGGAAGUACGCAGUCGGUUUGAUUCAUUUCUUGAAUUUCAUGCAUGUGGGCACCAAUAGACACACCAAGAAGCUUUAUGGGGCAGCGCUGGUUGAUGAACCGAACCAGGCCCAGAAAGCUGUGUGGAGACAUUUGCUUCAUGUUAGCAAAGAUGGUCUCCGGGUCCGCCGGGAGGUCCCUCCGACAGGCGGCCAGCCGGCCGUCGCGGCGCUCGUCAAAUCCGCGAAGGUGGAUGCGAUGGGUUAUGCGACGGUUUCCAAGACGCAUGCCCAAGUGCCCAUGGACGCUUCUCGCAUUGUUGAGCCGUCGGAUGAACAAGUAGCCGACAUGUUGCAAGCACUUCCGCAGGAUGAACGUGAAUUUUAUGCACGCGAGAAGAACGUCGUCGAACUUCUGGGUAAAAGUACUGUCAUUCAACAGGAACUGGAACAGCAGUAUGCUUUCGUUGGUGGUAGCCUCGAUGAGUACCUGAAGUAUUUUCAUCGGCAGGACAUUCCAACAAACAUGUGGGAGUGGAAGCGCUUCCGUGAUGUGAAAGCAGUCGCUGGCUUUUCGGUGGUUCCCAAGAAAGAUGGGCGUUCUCAGCGCAAGCGACAAGUUAGAGCUGGCGGCUUGCGAUCAGUCAAAUGCGUUCACACGGGUUGCAGUGCCCGCUUGGAUGAUUCCGCGACCAUCAGUGAAUUUGACUUGGUCAUAGGGCGGUCUCUGCGAGCGAAUGCCUCGAUGGGGACAGGCCAAGAUGACAUUCCGCAUGUAGAAGAGCCAAGUACAGCGGUUGAAACAUCAGGGUGUGAGUAUUCGUUUUAUGGCUGCAGUGAUGAUGAAUGGUGGUCUCGCUUUCAGGUUGGAGUCCGACCGCGUUUCGACUCGGGCUACUCCGUGCAGGAGUGGUGGGAUGCAAUCCGCGCAGCGCGUUCAUCCAGCGACCGCACGAUUGUUGUCAUGAACUUCUUCGGAGGGGAACGCAGAGACGGUGACGUGCAGGAAUAUGUCGAAAAGCUCGCCGCUGAGGCAAACCUCAAAGUGUUGAUGAUCACAGUUGACCUUGGUUGUGACUCUCGUUGGGAUGUUGCGCAGCCGGAAACCUUUCAUGACAUCAUGCGUAUGCUGGAAGGCUAUGUUGACAUCAUCGUCGGGGGUCCGCCAUGCUCGACGGUGUCUCGAGCCAGGCAUCGCCGCGGAGGCGAGGCACUCAACCUUCCAAGACCGUUGCGCUUCCGUUCAUGCCCAUGGGGACGCACAGGCCUCACUACCGCUGAAUCUGGAAGACUCCGUGAGGCCAACCGGUUAUGGUUACAUUUCAUGAUGGCGUGCGAGAAGGUAUCCGCGCGAGGAGGUUGCCAUUUGUUUGAACAUCCUGAAGACCCAGGGAGUGAGCCCUUCCCUUCCAUUUGGAUCACCCCAGAGAUGAUCCAAUUGGAAUUGCGUACGAAAGCACAGCGAGUCACUUUUGAUCAGUGCGCUUGUGGGGCGCCAGUCAGGAAGGGUACAACUGUGUCAGGAACACUGGACGGCAUUGGCGAGUUCGAGCGGUUUCAAUGUCCCGGCGUUGGUCCAGAGCACUUUCAUGCACGGCAUGCUACAGGGCUUGAUGAGCACGGCUCUUUUCGGACAAAGCGGCUUCAAGCGUACCCGCCAGCCAUGUGUGAACUUCUGGCCAGGUGCAUCGUGAAGAGUGCUCAGCGUAUGGUGGCAGAAGGCUCGGGCCCCACUGGUUACUUACUUCCGGUGGGGGUCCAAGCAGUUCCGACAGCUUGGUCCUUCUCACAUUCGCAGAUGCAUUCGGCGGGAGUUGACAUUCUCAAUGAACAGGUGGUUCAUGGACGGCGCACACUGCUUUCCUCCACACAGGCAGGUGUUUAUUUACACGUGGAUGACACAUUAGCGUUCAGCACGGAGUCAUGUAGGUUGUCAGCUUCGAACAUGAUGCACACCGUGGCCGAUUCCAUGGAGGAGAUUGGUUUUGUAGUGCUGGAAAGAAUACCGCCCAAUGAAGUGGUCAAGGUGAUCGGGUACGCAUGGUCGCCAAGUACAAGCACAUUCAGCUUGCCUCCGAGAAAGAGGGUUUUACUACAGCGAGCUUUGCGAGCGUUGGCAGGGCAACGUCGUGUUGAGGUUUCUGCCCUUCGAGCCGUGAUUGGUCUUUGGUCUUUCGGAGCACAGCUGAGGCGCGACCUGUACGCAGUCCCCUUCAUAGUAUACAACUUCAUUGACAAAUUUGAUGGCUUAACGGUCAGGCUUUGGCCGUCGGUACGCCAAGAACUCAUACACAUGGCCACUGCAGUUGAUUUCAUGUUUUUGAAUGUGAGCAUGCCAUUUUCUUUGGAAGUUCUAGCAACGGAUGCCAUGGGACACAAUGAAAUUGACCAUGGGGGUUUCGGCAUUUGCGUGACCAAGGUUGAUGAAUCUGAGUUAGCAGCACUUCGGGCAAACUCAGAGCAGCUGGGGCUCGCAUUGAACUUACAUGACGAUGUGACUGAUGGUAUGCCCUUUCCUGACAGAGCAUUAACUCCUACAAUCCCGUUCUCGUUGCUUCCAGCUGUUUUAUUUUCCGAAUCCAGAUGGACUGUGGUUUUGAAAGGUCGGUGGAAGGCCCCCGACCACAUUAGCAUUGGCGAGACGCGAGCAGCGUCUACAUACAACAGUUAUCAGCAGUGCUUGCAGCGAUUUGUGAUUUUCCUUCUCGACUCGGGUGCAAAUCCAGCUUCGGCUGCAGAACUGGACCUCCUGAUUUUGCAGUAUAAGUCUUCCAACCACCUGUCGCAUUCAAAACUGGAGCAGUUGAUCGCGGCGUUGGAGUUCCAUUUAUUGCCUCUCAAAGGGCUGCUUCCGUACUCCAAGCGCGCUGCCAAGGGCUUGUGCCGAGCCCAGCAAAACUGUUUGCAGUGCACUUUGUGGCAGUUGGAUUUCCUUGCUUGGGAGUGGGCCUUGUGGUACAGUGCCUCACAGGUCUACGCCCUACAAAUUGCGUCUUUUGAGUGUGCACGCGAUCCUGUGGUGGCUGGUGUACUUUGGCAGUUGUUGCAACAAGUGGAGCCACAGUCUGCUUUGUUCCAGUUUCAUAUGCGCAGUAUCGCCAACUCCUGGCCCAAGUGGGGAAGCACUUGGGGCUGGAAGUUCAUUUCACUCCGCAUUCUCCUCGCGCAGGUUUUGCGACUGAGGAAUACUCCAGGGAUUGCCACGUUGCGGACAUUCGACAAAGGGGACGGUGGGCAUCCGAACAGUCGUUCAAAACCUACCUCGACGUCGUGUCGGCCACCCACGUGCAACCAGCUUUCCAUUUGCGAGGCGUGGGGCGAGCCCAGGCCUACAGUGAGACGCAUUUUGCUGAUUUCUUUCCUUCUGGAGUUUUCCGGUCGCGAGAUGGCUGAGCAAGUGUUGGAUUUUGACGGCUUCGAAAUCCCAGCUGUCCCGACGCUUCAAGGUUUUCCACAGGCUAUGCUCCUUCCCUCACGUCGCGGACGGCAUGCCCAACCACCUAUUCGUCAUACCAGGGCACGGACGCCCGGGGCUAACAAACUCAGGCAAACUUCGCAGCGACCAUCCUCGGCGAGGCGUGUCACAUCCUCUCAUGAGGCACCUACGGCAACACGUCGUCUUCGUCCUCACCGAGCGCUAUUGCGCUCUCGCCUGGGUCGGUGGUGGACGCAGCUUUCAAGGUUCAGCAGGCAUAGUGCUUUCUGGAUCUGUACGCUGCUUCUUCUGGCUCAGUGCUUUCAGUGGAGCUUCUUCGAACAGCUAACUCGCUUGUUGGCUUCCGUGGCUUUGGUCUCGGAGCGGGCCUCGGUAGCAGCAGCAGGGGUCUUGGAUCAUGGCGCCGAGCUGGCCUCCACCACUUCUUCAGCGGUUAUUGCCUUCACCACUGGUUCGCUGGACCUCAUGCGCACCGCGUGGCUUGGCGUGGAUCUUUUGGACCUCCGCUGCACUUCCACGGAAGGCUCGGUCAUGGGUGCUCAUGGCUCGGUGUUGGCGGAUUGGCUCAACUCUUCGAGCGGGCAUGCCGCCACACGAACCAACCGCUCCGAGGUGCUCGUUCUGUGGGCUUCACUGGUUACUUCUGUCGGCGUUGCGCUUCCACAUAUCGCGUCAACGGUUUCAAAUUUGGAAGUGGAUGGCCUGUUUUGGUCGGUUCGGCUUACGUGCUGCCCAACGGGUACCUUAUGUUCGCAUUCCGGUACGUUGAGGUGUGAUUUGUGCCCCGGUGGAGCCCUCAACGUGGAAAUCACGGCGCAACAUGAUCAAAUCCAACGCCUGGUCACUAACGUCAGCGCCUCCUUGCCGGCUACAUCCCAUCCCUUUGCCAGCGCGUCGUGGAUGCAUCCGUCCAUGCGGCUUUGGUUAUAUUCUCAAGUAUUCCUCCGCGCCGUGAUGCUACACUUUCGGACCUUGCUGACUGUGUUGGCCACCUUACGGGGAUGUGGGCUCAUGGUGGUGCUUCUUGCGGGCACGGGAGCUCGCGAUUGCGUUACGUCGGGCUCCUGGCGUCCGUCUCAUGCGGUGUUGCCGCCGAUUGCGAACCACGCGAAACAGCUGCGCUGGCCCAAGACGUUGCCAGUGCCACGGAGCAACUUUUCCGCGCUGCCGGCGGAUGCCCCGUUGCCACUGUCGGCGGGUGACGGCCUCAGCGGUCCAGCUCAGUCCGCUUUGCUCGAGGCUGAGGGUGGCGGAGCCCUCGCAGCGGACGUGCAAUCGCUCGCGCAAGAUGCGCGCUCCAGCUUUGCACCGAGGCUAGCGAGACCAGCUCGGGCAGCGCUGGACGAGGUCGAUCUGACGUUAGAGCUCCGCCAUCAUGUGCCGACACAGCACAAGACGCGCCAGUUUUCCUACGAGCAGCCGUUUGCGGUGGCCCGGCGAAGGCUCCAACAUGCGCUAACUCACUUGCACGCGGGCACGCAAUGCCGGGCGAUAUCCCUGGCUAUGGCGCAAGCGUUCUCACGCGGGGGGUGGCCCCAGCUGCUUGCAGCCGCGCGGGCCACAGGCUGCGUCUCGAAACCUUGCCCGAAUCUGCCCGAGCUCAGCGCUCAGGUGUUAGCGGAGCAAAAGCGCGGACACUACUGUGCUAAAGUCCGCCAAGCUGAAGUUUCACGCGCCAGGCACGUGUUCACGGUGGUGGAGCUAGCUCCGGGCACUGAGGCCGGCACUGACCGACCCAUCCUCUGUCCACGCGCAGUGGCCGGUCCACGAGGCUCGUCAAGGGGGGCAGCUGGGCGUUCACCGUUUGUGUCUAGCGAGAGACGACCGUGGCGUCGCAAAACAAAGUUCCGCCACUGCGACCAAUUCGAACCGGCCGCCUCCAUGCCAAGCGCCGUGGUGUGGACCAGCCAUCGUACCCUUCCGCACCGCCGAAACUGCGAGGCUGCUUGGGAACAACCUUCACACCGCGAUUUGCAAGCGGAGAUUGCGCACGAGAAGCACCUAAUUCUACAACUAUACAAGCACUGCGGCAAAAAGCCGCAAGCCCCGAUGUCAGUGCAGAAGCCAGCCAACGAGCACGCGAAGGUAGUCUUCAAGUGCUUACUGUUUACUGUGCCAGCCCAAUCCGCCAUGCACGGCAGGCAAGGUGGCGAUGGACCAGGCGUGGUGCGAAUCAGCCCCGAAAAAACCACCCAAACAGAACCAUAA